CGCCCCUAGGAGGCGUAACCGGAGGCGUGGCCUGCAGCGCGCGGGAAGCUGCGGGUUGUGGCGGCUCCGAGUGGACCGAGUCAUUGCAGCUCGCCCUUCAUGUUCCAGGGUCGCUGUUUAACUCUUUGCUAAAGUUUCCAGCCUCCCUUUGCCUGGCGGAGACUCUGGAGGAUGAAAGUGAUCACGUGUGAAAUCGCCUGGCACAACAAGGAGCCAGUGUACAGCCUGGACUUCCAGCAUGGAGCAACCUGGAAGAUCCACAGGCUGGCAUCCGCGGGGGUGGACACCGCCGUCAGGAUCUGGAAGUUGGAGAGGGGGCCAGAUGGGAAAGCCAUUGUGGAAUUUCUCUCCAAUCUUGCUCGACACACCAAAGCUGUCAAUGUUGUACGCUUUUCUCCAACUGGGGAGAUUUUAGCAUCUGGAGGAGAUGAUGCUGUCAUUCUGUUGUGGAAGAUGAAUGACAGCAAGGAGCCGGAGCAGACCACCUUUCAGGAUGAAGAGGAGGCUCAGCUGAAUAAGGAGAACUGGACUGUGGUAAAGACCCUGAGGGGCCACUUAGAAGAUGUGUAUGAUAUUUGCUGGGCAACCGAUGGGAAUUUGAUGACCUCUGCCUCUGUGGAUAACACAGUUAUCAUAUGGGAUGUCAAUAAAGGGCAGAAGAUUUCCAUUUUCAACGAGCAUAAAAGUUAUGUGCAAGGAGUCACCUGGGAUCCUUUGGGUCAAUAUAUUGCGACCCUGAGCUGUGACAGGGUGCUGCGGGUCUAUAAUACCCAGAAAAAGCGUGUGGCUUUCAACAUUUCAAAGAUGCUCUCUGGACAGGGGCCUGAAGGAGAGGCAAGAAGUUUCCGGAUGUUUCACGACGACAGCAUGAAGUCGUUCUUCCGAAGGCUCACCUUUACUCCAGAUGGAUCGUUGCUCCUCACUCCAGCCGGAUGUAUGGAGUCUGGUGAGAAUGUGACAAACACCACUUACGUGUUCUCCAGAAAACACCUGAAAAGGCCAAUCGCCCAUCUUCCGUGCCCUGGGAAAGCGACUCUUGCUGUCCGCUGUUGUCCUGUCUACUUUGAAUUGAGGCCAGUGGCAGAAACAGAGAAAGUAUCAGAGGAGCCCAGCCCCGAGCUGGUGAACCUGCCCUACCGUAUGGUGUUCGCGGUGGCUUCCGAGGACUCUGUGUUGCUGUAUGACACUCAACAGUCUUUCCCAUUUGGCUAUGUGUCUAACAUCCAUUACCAUACCCUGAGUGACAUUUCCUGGUCUAGCGAUGGGGCCUUCUUGGCCAUUUCCUCCACGGAUGGCUAUUGCACAUUUGUGACCUUCGAGAAAGGUGAACUUGGCAUACCUUUGAAAGAGAAGCCAGUGCUGAGCAUAAGAACUCCUGACACAGCCAAGAAAGCCAAGAACCAGACACACCAGGGAUCUUCGCCGGGAUCCAGAUCAGUCGAAGGAACCCCCAGCAACAGAACCCAAGACCCCAGCAGUCCCUGUACCACCCCUUCACCAACCACACAGUCUCCAGCUCCGUCUGCCAUCAAGGACAGUCCCUCAGCUAUCCCGGCUGGCAAAAGCCCCUUGCCACAACCUUCUGAAGAGAAGACCCUGCAACCUGCUGGGCAAAACAUGAAAGCCCCCCAACCCCGCAGGGUCAUGCUGAACACGCUGCAGACUUGGGGCAAGACAGCCCCCCGGAGAAUAAAUUUAACACCAUUGAAAACAGACACUGUGCCAAAUCCACCGCCCAGUAGCGGGACCGCCCCCUCCACAGAAGAGGUCCAGCCAGAGGCUCCCGGGGAGCCGCAGGAGGAGCCUCCCGAACUGAAGAGACCCAGGCUUGGGGAACAUGAAGGAGAUACCCAAAACCCGGCCCCUGAUGACGCGUCCAAGACUGCCUGAGCCUGCUCUGCACCCGUGUGCAGAGGAGGCAAGGCCAAAGCUCGAAGGCUGGUGAUGGUGGCCAAAUAAACACUCAUGAAUUGGUUCACAUAGAAAAA